GAUUCCUGUUCUACAUGGUGGGCAUUGGUGGCUUCUAGUGGUAAACAUGAGAGACACUCGUUUUGAUGUGUUAAGCUCCACCAAAUUAACUGAUGAGAUGAAAGAAGUUACUAGCAUUGUGAAAACAAAUUUUGUAAGGGCCUUUCAAGCAAUGUACGAUUCAGACGGGCGCAUAAACAUAGCUGAUUUCAGAACAGCCUACCAAGAUGCACCACAGCAGAGUUCAAAUUUUGACUGUGGAAUUUUUGUUAUGAAUUUCAUGAGGUCAUGGGAUGGGAAGAGGGCAGCUCCACUUGAUAACGAACAAAUGUAUAAUCUCAGAGCACAAGCAGCUGUUUACAUGCUUUGUCACGAGGGCAAUCUUGCCAUCCUUCCAAGUAUCAAGAAGCUUCUCAAAAAAAACAAAGGUCAGAAGAACAAGUAAACAAAGGAAAAAAACUACCGUAUGAGAACAGCAAUGCUACAGAAUUAAGGAUGUCUGUAAGGCCUGUAAGGUGAACAGCAAUCCGGCAGUUCUACUGUUCCUUUUUAAUGGAUACUUUUGAUGUGCUAUGUGUCUUGGUGGCGUCAGAUGUUGUGAAUAGACUAGAUCCCCGGACAUAUGUCACAAACGAAAUCAUGCUUUUAUCACAAGAACAUAAUUCUAUGCCUUUGUGUUAACUAA